GUAAGGUGCGGUGUAGUGCACCUCUGAAUAAUCCACAGAGCGGGGAGUAAAGGCAGCCUUUUUGUUGAGAAUCUCAACAUUUUAGUACGUUGAGACCCUUACAAUAACCACAUGAGUUAGCUUUGUGCUCAUAGAGAUAUACUGAUUAUUAAAUGUGUGUGUGUGAAACAUCAGGAAAUCUGUGUGUGUGUGUGUGUGUGUGUGUGUGUGUGUGUGUGUCAUCUGUUAGUGUCAUUAUGGUACUUAUGGCAAUGAUGGAAUGAGGCGCUUUUGAGCUGCACCUUGACAAGCAGGUGUGUGUUUUCCCUCCAUCUGUACCAACAUGUGGCUGUUGGCGUUGCUCCCGGUGUGCCAGGCUGUCUUUGGCACACUGGGCAUUUGGACUGUGUUUGCUGUUUCUGUAUCAAAUGGAUCAGUCAACGUCACAAAACGAUUCCCUUUCAUCAGUGAGUGUGGAUCGUACAACCCUCAGAGCUGUAUCUUCGCCCAGAUGUGCAACAUCUGCUCUCUUUUAGCCGUGUGGAUUGUCAUCAUCCGUUUCCAGCAGGUGAAGGACUUUGGAAACCACGGAAAGGCCAACAUAGCCAGCAUUAUUUUGGGACUGAUCUCCUCUCUAAGCAUCUCCAUCAUUGGCAACUUCCAGCAAUCGGUCAUACGGAGUAUUCACCUUUUGGGAGCGUCUUUGGCUUUCUUCGUGGGUCUGGCCUACUUCUGGGUGCAGCUGUUUCUGACCUACAGGGCUCGUCCGUCUCAGGACCGCUGCUGGGUCGGGCCGGCCAGGGCGACCUGCUGCAGCCUCUGCACCGUCCUGGUCAUCCUGAUGGUCGUUCUCCACAACACGGGCUCUCCCUCCGGGGCUGCGGUGUGUGAGUGGACUUUGGUCAUGCUGUUCUUCUGUCUGUUCGGCCUUUUUGCCGCUGAGUUCAGACACAUCGACUGCCACCGCCUCACUAUACAGAAACCAUCUCCUGGAAGUGCCUCAGUUGUAGUCAAUAGUUUUGUUGCAGAUGAAUUUAAAAACUGAAAACGCACAAGUACAAUAAGUGCAUGUGGUAGUUCCUUUAUCUGAUAUUACCGUACCGUAAUGUAUUUUUUAUAAACAUGAGAAUCUAAAGUAUCUAACAUAUUGACCUUAAUGUUUAGGUUGUUGUCUUUUUAUUUGGAUUUCUAUAGAAAAGCUGCAUUAUGACCUUUAAAAAGAUGUUAUAUGUUGUCUCUCCAAAGUGUUUACAACAUUUACUACCUUUCCUUUUUAUGUUGUCUAGCCAUUCCCAGAUCAACAUAUGCAUGAAGGGAUUGUAAAGAAUGCUUUAUUUUUCUAAAAAAUGUUUUUUACAGCUAUCUAAUUAAUUAUUUGCC